AUGGCAGUGACAGGCAACCUGCUUUGGCGCGCAGGCGCUGCAUUCGUUGCGACUGGGAUGUUGACUGGAGCAUUCGGUUCUCAUGGGUUGAGGAAUAGGGCUGGCAUGACGCCCGAUAAGAUUAGCGCAUUCAAUACAGCGUCUCAUUACGCUAUCUUCAACGGGCUUGGUCUAUUGCUCGUCUCGUCACACCCUCGCUUUGCCACUCAUAGGUUCGCUGGACCAGCAAUUGCUCUCGGUGGACUUAUAUUCUCGAGCUCCAUCUGGGCUCUCACACUGGAUCGCGACCGAUUCAAGGGCUUGGGCCCCAUUACACCCAUGGGCGGACUGGUGAUGAUUGCUGGGUAUCUUUCGUUGAUCUUCUGA